AAAAUUUAACGAAUAUAUCCAAAACAUAAAUAAAGAAACCCAUUCAAUUUAUCUAAGAUAUAACAAGUUUGUAGACAAUAGAAAAAAGUAUCAAAGAAAGUACUCCAGGUUGGAAAAAUAACUACACUGUUAAAAAUGUUUGCUUGAAAUUCAAUGUACAUGUAGUUGAAGCAGUUGUACAAUCACAUGUACUUGAAUUUCUUUUAAAGUACAUUGCACAUGAAAAAAAUUUCAACUACAGUACUUUAAAUUUAAGGUAGAAUGCUUGGAUUUUAAUGUACGGUACUUGAAAAAAAUUUCAACUCCGGUACUGUAAAUUUAAAGUAAAAUGCUUGGAUUUUAAUGUAUACAGUACCUAAAAAAUAUUUCCAGUAGAAAUUUGAUGCACGGGACUGCACUGUAAAAAAAGAUUUUAUAUAUACGGAUUUUUACAUGAAAAUUCAAGUUUUUUUACUGUAAAUUUAAAGGACGGUGCAUGAAUUUCAGUUUACAGCACAAAAAAUUGAAUUUUACAUCAAAAAAACUUGAAAUUUAAUGCAAAUGUACUUGAAACAUGCUUGAAAUUUCAACUUAUUUUUAACAGUGUAUCCUAAUAAUGAUCAGCGGACAAAAUCAAAAAUAUUCAAAGGAGGGAAUUCUUGGUGGAACAAUGAUUGUAAGAGUGCUGUCAAAAAAAGAAAAAUAGCCUUACUUAAUCUAAAAUACGAUCCUACUAGGGAUAAUUUCAUUGAAUACAAAAAAGCUCAAGCAACAGCUCGUACAGUGACUCGGAAUGCUAAAAAAGACAGCUACAAAAAGUUCAUAGAAAGCCUCAAUAAAUUUACUGAUCCCUCUUAUAUUUGGAAAAAAAUAAAAAAUUUUAAAAAUAGAUUCGCACAAAGUAGUUCUGGUAAUGAAUACAAACAAACAGCAGUUGAAUCUGCAAAAUUAAUUAUGGAAAAUUUAUGUCCUCCGUGGGUAUCAAAUAAUGUGCUUUUUGACCACCAAAAUCAAGACGGUUUUCUUGAUAUGCCAUAUUCUGUGGUAGAAUUCGAUUAUGCCCUCGAUAAUCUCAAACUAAAAUCAAGCCCAGGUCUCGAUGGGAUAGAUUACUUAACUAUUAGCUACCUUCCAGAUAACGCAAUUAAAGCUCUCUUAGAACUAUUCAAUGAUAUUUUAUCAUCUAGGGAAUUUCCACUAGAAUGGAGAAACUAUGGGCUCUUCUUUAUUCCAAAGAGUGAUGGUCAAAAUACUAUCAUGGUGGCUUGAACAUCAUAAGAAAUUUAAUAACUCUCAAUUUGGAUUUAGAAGAAAUAGAUCUUGCACUGAUAAUCUAUCAAUAUUAACAACAGAUGACCUUAAUGACUUUGAAAAAGGGAAUGAAGUGUCAGCAAUGUUUCUAGAUAUAAAAGGGGCUUAUGAUAACGUUCUUCCGGAUUUACUUAUUGAUAACUUAAAAAAUCUAGGUCUUCCAGGCAACCUUCUAUCAUUUAUAUACAAUUUAAUCUCAAGCAGAAAACUUCAUGCUAAGUAUGGAGAUUUCGAAGAAGUAGGGUGGACGAGUAAAGGUCUUCUUCAAGGAAGUGUACUUAGUCCAUUACUUUAUGCGUUAUAUCUGAAUAUAAAAGAAAUUGCGAAUCAUGGAUGUAAAAUUCUUGAGUUCGCAGAUGAUGUGGUAAUUUAUACUUCGAAUGAGAACACACAAAUCGGGAUAAAUAAUUUAGAAAGAGAUACAAAUAACGUAAAUAGCUAUUUGGAAAUGAAGGGACUAAGCUUAGCUGCAAACAAGUGCAUCUUCAUGGUAUUUAAUAAAUGUAGUGGUCAAGGAGGUCUGUGGGACAUUAAUCUUGACAGUAAUGUAAUAACUUCUUCUAGAAUAGUAAAACUUUUUGGUCGAUGGUUAUCUUCCAACUUUGAGUGGGAAAAACAAAUAUCUAGUAUUGAAGCAAAAUGCCAGACCCCUUUAAAAAUAUUAAGUUGUAUUCGUAGCACUUGGCAAGGGGCAGACCCUAUAGUUUUGAUCAGACUAUAUAAAGCCUUAAUUAGAUCUAGAAUCGAGUAUUGUGGUUUUUUAUUCCAUAAACUCACUAAACAACAAGCAAUCAGCAGUGCCGUAACAAGGGGUGGGCAAGAGGGGCAACUGCCCAGGGCGCAGUGUAAAGGGGGGCGCACUUAGAAGCGCGUCACAAGAAAAAAAAUAUUCUUUUUUAAACAAUUAAAAAAAAAAUUAUAUUUUCAGGAAAGAAAUUGACUACUCUCAUUUAUGAUCAUUCAGAUAUUUUGGUCACAUCCUUUUCUUAGCA